CAGCCCUCCCUCCCUCUUAAUUUGUUUUUUAAGGAAUUACUGUAACUUCAUCGUAAUAAGCCUAAACGUGCUGGGGCUUGCGUGCGACGCCAAGUAUUUCGCGGCGAGCAUGUGACCGCAUUUAAACGCUCACAUGGCCGCCGAGGCGAUCCGCUCCUAGUCGGGGCCCAGCGAGCGAAAGCAUCCGGAGGCUGCACGGCGCCCUUCUCCGCCGCACUCAUCAUGGCGAACGGCGGCCAGAAAGUUGUGCUGAUCACCGGCUGCUCCUCCGGCAUCGGCCUGAGAAUCGCCGUCACGUUGGCCGCAGAUGAGAAGAAGCGUUACCAUGUAAUUGCGACAAUGCGGGACCUGAAGAAGAACAACAAACUGGUGGAAGCGGCGGGAGACACGUACGGGAAGAAUUUGGUGUUGCUGCCCCUUGACGUGUGCAGUGACGAAUCAGUUAAGCAGUGCAUCAACAGUGUGAAGGACCGCCAUAUUGAUAUCUUGAUUAACAAUGCAGGCGUGGGUUUGCUGGGCCCCUUGGAGAGCAUCAGCAUAGAUGAGAUGAAGCGAGUGUUCGAGACCAACUUCUUUGGCGUCGUGCGCAUGAUCAAAGAAGUUAUGCCGGACAUGAAGAAGAGGAGGUCCGGACACAUUGUAGUCAUGAGCAGUGUUAUGGGUCUUCAAGGAGUUGUUUUCAAUGAUGUCUACACUGCUUCCAAGUUUGCCAUGGAGGGCUUUUGCGAGAGCAUGGCUGUGCAGCUGUUGAAGUUCAAUGUCAGGUUGUCGAUGAUCGAGCCCGGCCCGGUGCACACAGAGUUCGAGACGAAGAUGAUGGAAGAUGUGGCCAAGAUGGAGUACCCGGGAGUGGACGCUGACACAGUCCGAUACUUUAAAGAUGUUUACCUGCCAUCUUCUAUAGAUAUUUUCGAAGCCAUGGGUCAGACGCCGGAGGAUAUAGCCAAAUGCACUAAGAAGGUGAUCGAGUCAAACAGCCCCCGCUUCAGGAACCUAACCAACAGCUUGUACACGCCCAUCGUGGCCUUGAAGUACGCCGACGAGACCGGCGGCCUGUCCGUCAACACCUUCUACAACCUGCUCUUUAAUUUGGGACCUCUCAUGCACUUCACCAUGAGCAUCCUCAAGUGCCUGACGUGCAGCUGCCUGCGCAGACGCACAGUUUCACCUAAUUGAGGAAGCCCUCCCCUCCCUCACUCUUCUACGGAGGUAAAUGUGGUGCAAAAGUAACUUAAACUUGAAACCUACUUGUCAUUGCCUGUGGGCCAGAUCCGUCCCACCGCAUCAUUUUGUGUUGCUCGCUUAAGUAAAUCACGUACAACGACUUUGUUUCAUGCGGUAAAAUAUGAUUUUGGUAAAUAUUCCAGAGUCCAGAAAUCACAGAAUGAUUUUUAUUUUCAACCCUUUGAUGCAUAAGGGACUGGACCCUAGACUCUUCCAUAAGUGGGUCAAAAAUGACCCAUUUUAGAAUCAAUGUGUUUUUAUGCCAUUUCGGUGAAGAAUAAUCACUGUAUCACAGUAUUUAGUAUUAUAUCUAGGGCCAACCAAGAAGGAUUUCAUGUUUGAAAUAUCUUAAUUUUAAUUUUGACCCAGAACAACAAUAGACUUUAUCCACUCUUGUAUUAUAUCAUCAGUGAUGAAGAGCUCUCAUGCAUUGGUGAGACAGUAAUGCUAAACCAUUUUGCCCCCACUGACUUCUGAGGAUAUUGUGACUCUGUGUUCUGCCGUGGGUGGAACAUAACUCGCUCCUGUAAGAGCCCCACCAACCCAUUUGGUUGGCCAUGAUUUGGACAUUUUCUUCUUCAGAGGACACAUAAGUGGAAUCUUAUGAGUCAGAUUGAUCCUGUUCAGUGUGAGUUACAGGUGAACGACUGCCACUGCCACCUGGGCAAUAGUCUGGGUCCUCAUCAUCAGAAAUUUUAGACUUGAGUCCAACCCCGUUACUGUCUCUCCAUCAUCUAGCAUCUGUAGGACCAUUUCAGCUGUGUAUCUUGCAGCCAUGACACUAGGCAUGUGCCGCAAUGAGAUUUUGACUGUACGAUAAACUCAAGCAAAAAUACAGCGGUUUCAAGUUA